AUGCUUAAUACAAAACCACUGUACGAGAAGGGUAUCGUACUAGAUCGAAAAAUGUUGACCCAAUCCCAGUUUUCGCAGAUUCAGUUCGCUGCGACACUCAACAACUUUUCCAUAUUCUACAACGUAAUAAAAGCUGUUAAUUUUGUGGAUGAUUCAACGGUUCAACUGAGCGCCGAUGGAGUCAAAGCAGUGGUGGAGGAUGCUAAAAGCGUCCAAGCGACGGUCUACAUAACCAAGGAGUGCUUUUCGGUGUACAAUAUAACGAAACCUAAACGCAAACUUAACGCCAACGGAGAACCAGAGGAAGAAGUUGAACCAGUCGCUUCAUUCGGGCUCAAUCUGAAAGUAUUUACCGAUUGUCUCAGUAUGUUUUUGGGUGAUGAGUACGACUCCAGCCUGAAGAUCUUACAUAAGGGAGAGGGAGCCCCGCUGAUCGUAAUUCUUGAACAGCAUGGUGAGGAUGACCUCGUCACAGAAUGUUCCGUAAGAACGAUGGAGGCCGGGGAGAUUUUGGAUUUCGAUUUCGAGGACGAACAUGUCUACAGCAAGGUUAACAUUAAGGGACCCGAAUUCUUUGCCCUUCUGAGUGACCUGGAUCGCAACUGUGAUGAAAUCGAAAUAUUUCUGUCGCCUAAUAGCCCGCACAUGAAGUUGUGCACCUACGAUGAGUAUCAGCUGGAAUCGAAUGUUGAAAUUACCAAUUGUAGUGAUAUGCUGAUUUCCUUCCAAAGUAGCGAGGCAACGACGAACCGAUACAAGUUUUCCCACUUCCGACUGGUGUUGCGAACUUUAGCCUUGGCGUCGAAGGUAGCACUGCGAACCAAUAAAGAUGGCCUCCUGGGGCUGCAGGUAAUGAUUGAGUACUCCGAACAGGCUAACAUUUUCGUGGAGUAUUUCAUAAUGCCUCUUAGCGGUUGCGACGAUCUGGAUGUUACUGAAUAAAUUUCUAAAUUUUCAAA